AUGAAAAUCGUGGUUCCCGUCCUUGCCCUUGCUGGGCUCGUCCGUGCUGUCUCCAUUACGGGGUGCCACCAGCACGGCAGCGAUGUGUACUGUAUCACCGAAAGUGGUGACGAGGUCCAGGUGGCGUUGGACAAUCCUCCCGCGGAUCUUCCUUCUGAAUACACCGACUGUCACUCCCAUGGAGACAAAUCGUACUGUGUCGAUCCAAACGGCGAAGAUGUUGAAGUCCUGGGAGAAGUGACCAGCUCCGGCUCCGAUUCCCAUUCUCAUGAAGAAAGCUCGGGGGAAAGCUCGGGGGAAAGCUCGGGAGAAAGCUCGGGAGAAAGCUCGGGAGAAAGCUCAGGGGAACAGAAUUGCCAUUUCCAUGCCGGCGUGGAGCACUGUGUUGGAGCAGGAGAAUCAGAGAGUGGCGGCAGCAGCUCGAGCUGCGGUGCCCAGAGCCGCGACUACGACAUGCCUCUGCGCAUUGGAACACUCUUCGUCAUCCUCGUCACCAGUUCUAUUGGUGUCUUCCUCCCCAUGGCUCUGGUGAAGCUGCCGUUCACGUCCAUCAACGUCUGGGCGUCGACCAUCAUCAAGCAGUUCGGCACAGGUGUCAUCCUCUCGACUGCGUUCGUCCAUCUCUACACGCACGCAGAGCUCAUGUUCAGUAACGACUGUCUCGGCGAGCUGGAGUACGAGGCCACCACCUCCGCCAUCGUGAUGGCCGGUAUCUUCCUCUCCUUCUUGACCGAGUACAUCGGCCACCGAUACAUCCUCGCCCGCAGCGCCCGUUCAGGAGAUUCGUCCCCGCAGCGCGUCGACAACGGCUCCUCCAAGUCCGCCGCCGAACAAGCACCAGCACCAGCCCAGCCCACGCACCAACACAGCGGGCUCGCAGGCCUCGGCCACCACCACGGCGGCGACCCUACAAACCCCAACACCAAGCUCUCGGUGCUCGUCAUGGAAGCCGGCGUCAUCUUCCACAGCAUCCUGAUCGGCAUCACGCUCGUCGUGGCCGGCGACUCCUUCUACAAGACCCUCCUCGUCGUGAUCGUCUUCCACCAGUUCUUCGAGGGUCUCGCACUCGGCGCACGCAUUGCCCUCCUUCCAGGCCGCACGUUCCCCACCAAGGCAAUCAUGGGCGCGGCCUUUGCGCUGGUAACCCCCGUCGGCAUGGCGAUUGGCAUGGGCGUGAUUCACUCGUUCAAUGGACAGGACCGCCACACGCUGAUUGCGCUGGGCACGCUCGAUGCGCUGUCUGCUGGGAUCCUGGUGUGGGUUGGCCUGGUGGAUAUGUGGGCGCGCGACUGGGUGAUUGAGGGGGGUGAUAUGUAUGCGGCGCCGCUGCGACACGUUGCGGCGGGCGGCAUCUCGUUGGUUGCGGGGAUGGUUCUGAUGGGUGUGUUGGGCAAGUGGGCUUGA